AUGUUGUCCUCAGAACAAGUUGCUUUUUUCAAGGCGAAUGGAUAUCUCAUUGUUCGAGAUAUCCUCAGCGAUACCGAGACUGAAGAGUUGCAAAGAUGGGCACAAGAGGUUCAUGACUGGACUCCAAAUACCGACUCUCAAUUCAUGCCAUACGAGGAAAUAAAUUCUCGGGGCGAGACAGUCCUGUGCCGCACGGAAAACUACGCUGGGUUCCACGAGGGCUUCAACGGGCUGCUGCGAGGCAAAAAGCUUUUGGGACUAUUGGAAGAACUUUCAGGGGAGCCCAUGAAUCUUUUUAAAGAGAAGAUUAAUUACAAACUCGCAGGAAGCGGUGGAUUUGCGCCGCAUAUCGAUGCCGUUGCCUAUAACCACAUCAAAGAUGUUAAGCAUCUAACCAUUUUGCUUGCCGUGGAUAAAUCUAAUUUUAACAAUGGCGGGCUGGAAGUUGUUGAUGCCAGCCAUACUAUGGAUAUUCCUCUGAAUGAUGACGAUCACUGCAUCACCACUGAGUGGGUAGACGCUCAUGAAUGGAAGCCUGCUGAGCUAGAGCCCGGCCAGCUGCUCAUUUUCACAUCAUACUUGGCUCACCGUAGUGGGCCAAACCACAGCGAUGAGAAUCGCAAAGCACUCUAUGCCACUUACAAUCUCGCUAGUGAGGGAGACUUACACCAAGCAUACUACGAGCGCCGAAUGAAGGAAUGGCCUGCAACUCACAAGCGUAAAAAGGGAGAACUGUAUGAGGAUGGAGCUUUGAGAUACGCUUUCGGGUCACCAAUGUUAAGCGUCGAUGCUGGCCGCCAAUUGGCUUUCUAG